AUGGCAGCAUCAAUACCAAAAAAUGUUUCUCCAUUGAUUCGUGCUGGUCGUUGGAGUUUAUUACUUGGUGGUCUUGUUUAUGGACGUAUUCAUUAUAAUACAUUAAAAACAAGUGAAGAACAUGUACGAGAUAAUGAAAUCAAUCGUGUUACACAAAAUGCAAUUGAUCAACUAGCAGAAAAAAAGAUUAAAGCAGAGCAAUCCAUGGUUGAAUUAGCUCAUGCAGCUGGUGUUGAUCCAAAUCAAGCACGUAAAAAAUAA